AUGAGGCGCGGACUAUUGACAUUAUGCGUGUUUUAUUGGCAUAUGGUUUUGAUCCGCUGAAUGGAUCAGUAGUGAACCAAUCCCUUCUGAAGCAGAAAUCUGUGAAGACCGUAGUUCGUAAAUUGCUUCAUGAGGUUGUCAAGUUGAGCUCUGUACCAAUAGAUCCUAAUCUUCCACCUCCAAUAAUUAGAAAGCCUCCCCCAAAAGUAAAACAGCCACCUCCACCUCCAAGGAAACGUGUUGGACGUGAUGACAUUGAGAUGAAAAAAGGAGAUUGGCUAUGCCCCAAGUGUGACUUCAUGAAUUUUGCGAAGAACACUGUGUGCCUGCAAUGCGAUGCCAAACGUCCAAAAAGACAGCUGCUUCCAGGCGAAUGGGAAUGCCCACAGUGUAACUUCUUAAACUAUCGGAGAAACACAGUGUGUUUUCAUUGUGAUUGCAAGCGUCCACCUGAUGAAAUCAUGGAGAACAGAAUGCAAGAAAAGCAACAUGGUCCUGGGAUGACGUUGGACAAAAUGCCUAAGCGUUCAGAGGUUUCUAAUGCAUGGAAUUUCGACUUUGAUGACGAUGAAUCAGAUGGGGCAGAUGUUGCUGCUUUUGAGUAUGCAGAUUCUCCAGUCAUUGGUGAAGCUACUUCUUUAGAUAACGAAGCUAAAGGAGGAAACUUUGGAAGGCCUGAAUAUGAUUUUAAGAAAGCUAGCAGAGAGCCAAGGAUCCAUGACGCGAAAUAUUCAGAUGCAUGUACUAGUAGACGCGGUGUUGGCUUUGAUGAUUUUGAUGAUGAAGAAGAUGAUAUUGACAACUAUGAGUUAGAAACUGGUAAGAGAAGUUCAGUGCCUAUGGUAUCUUCAAACGAUCUUUCUGAGUUUGAAGGGCAUUCUGAAUCAGAAGACAUUAUAGAGUCGGAUAAUGCUCGUCAUAGAACAAAAUCCCCAUCUUACAACAA